UAAAAACUUUCUCUCAGAGCAGGCAAACUCAAACACAGAGACGCUUAAAGCCACAGUUUGUCAUUGUCCCCGACAAGCAUGGAUUUAAUGGAAUUGUUUUUAAUCGCUCUUGGCACUGCAGUCAUUGUCUGCUAUGUAGUGAAACUGCUGCUUUUCAGCAGGAUGUUUUUUCCAAAAAUGUGGUUUCCACUGUCGAAAUCUUUUUUCACCUCAAUGGGAGAGUGGGCAGUGGUGACUGGUGCUUCAGAGGGAAUAGGAAGAGCAUAUGCAUUUGCGCUGGCUAAGCAAGGAAUGAACGUGAUAAUCAUGAGCAGAACCAAAGUAAAACUGGACCAGGUGGCUAAGGAAAUAGGUCAUACUACAGGGCAGAGGGUGAAAGUGAUAGUAACAGACUUCAUGAAGGACAAUGUCUUCAGUGAAAUUGAGGAUCAGCUUAGGGACCUCAACAUUGGGGUUUUAGUCAAUAAUGUAGGCACGCUGCCAAGCUUCAUCCCCUGCAAAUUCCUUGAGUCUGCAGAGCUGGACCAGGCUAUUACAAAUGUGAUAAACUGCAAUGUGAAAACUAUGGCCAAGAUGUGCAAAAUAAUCCUUCCAGGCAUGGAGAACAGGGGAAAAGGGGUGAUUGUGAAUAUUUCGUCUGGAGUUGCCUCUAUUCCAUUCCCCCUGUACACCCUGUAUGCUGCAUCUAAGGUGUUUGUGGAAAGGUUUUCUCAAGGUCUUCAAGCUGAAUACAAAGAUAAAGGGAUUAUUAUACAGACAGUGGCUCCAUUUGGGGUCUCCACUCGAUUGGCAGGUUACCAAUCAACCAACAUAGUGACACUGUCACCAGAGGACUUCGUAAAAAGCUCCCUGCAGUACAUCCGAGCUGGAGACAAAACACACGGCAGUGUCUGUCACAUAGUUCUGGGCUGGUUACUGCAGUCUAUUCCUCUCAAGGUUCUCUAUUCUGAGUUGAUGCUACACAGCCUACAAGACUAUGUCAAGAAAAAAACAGCACAGAAGGCACCAAGUUCAACUUUUGAAAGUGGAAAAAAAUAAAUAACCAGGAACAGCAAUGAAAAGACAUUUGGCUUGAAUUUUUCACACCGUAAAUCAAAUUAUA